AUGUAUCCUUCCUCCCUCAAGAUAUUCCUUUUGGCACUAGCUAUCUCAGCUUCUGCCCUUCCACACAAAAGCCGAAGCACCUGUGAUGAAUCAUCUCUUAACGCCACCUCUUUCGUGUACACCACAACAUCUGAAGAUACCAUUUUCAGCAUCGCCAAGAAAUUCGACCGCGGAGCAUGCGAUAUUGCGCGUGCCAAUCGCAUGAUCGACGCAGAACACCUGUACGCGGAUUUCACGCUUCGCAUCCCCGCCCAAGUUUGCAACCCCGACAACAGCACCUGUCUUUUGACCAAGCAGAAUGCCACAGAAACAUGUGUGAAGGGUGGUCCGCACGACUACAGAACUAUCGCUGGCGACACGAUUGAAAGAAUUGCCCUUUACAAGCUGAACGUCACCGUUGACACCAUCUGGUCUCAGGCAAAGGGCAUGAUUUCUUCGACAACUGAGGUUUUGCCUGCGGGUACCUGGCUCAAGAUUCCUCAGUGUGUUCCUAGUGUUUGUAGUGUCACUCCGUUCCAUUUCACCUAUGGUGUUUACAAGGAUCUUGCUGAGAAGUUCGGCACCACUGUUGGUCAGAUUAUGUCAUUUAAUGGCAUGUACAAUUAUAGUGAUCACACUGCUGCGGAGGCUGCCUGGAUUACUGUUCCUAUGGGAUGUACUACGUUGGCAUUGAAUGUGACCGAGGAGAUUUAG